AUGAUCCUACAACGAAUCCUAAAGAAGCUUAUAAUAGGAGUGGCUGUAUUAGCCUGUCUGCAGCGAGCUAAGGGGGCAAUAGAUAGUGCAGUAUUAAAUUCAGAGGGCUAUUGGAAAAACAGGAGAGAUUAUCUAAGAAAAGAGAUGCAAAUACGCAGCGAUCUUCUUUUCCAUUUGAAGACGUCAAGAUGUGAAGAUACAUUCUCUGAAACUCACAUAAAAAACAUGGAAAUAGGAGAGGAAAACCUAUCCAAUGUGCAGCAGCGCUAUUCAAUUUUUAAUGUAAACGUAGAAGAUGUAUUGGACACAAUAACACAGCUGAGAGCUUUGAAGAUUGCUGAUCAAAGAUUCAAUGCGGAAGAAAUAAAUGAGCAGUGCAAAUCCUUAAGGGAAUCAGUUCUCUUGGCUCUUGAUAACAACGAUGCAAUAACUGACAAAAUAAAAAAGUUUGAUGAGCACAUGCUAGAAUUGGUAAAAUGCUACAGUGGGAAAAUAUGGCACAGAGGCAGGAAAAUAGAAGAACUAACUCUGUUCAAGCUGGCAAAGAAUAGCAAGCCCUUCGCUUCAACUAUGGUGUACGAUAUUUUUAUAAUAGAGAUGUUUAAGCCACUUAGUAGCAUGAAAAAUGAAGUAGCUCAGAUGCUCAAGAGGGCGAAAGAAGCUUUUCUGCAUUCGAUGGAUUUCUCAAGCUAUGAGAAAGCUGUACUAAAUGAGAUAGAGAAAGGAGAGACAGACUUAUUUGCAUUAGCUGAUAAACACUUCCAUAUUCUCUUCAGAAAACACGGAGUUGGCACAGAUGUGAUGAAUAUUUAUUUCAGCCUGAUAACAGAAAAUAUGAAAAAAGAAGAAAUAAACCGAUACAUAGGCAUCACUCCUGGACAGGUUAUAAAAAUGAUAAUGCUAGAAUGUGCAAUGAGUGGGCAUCUUAUAGACUACAGAAGAAACGAUCUUUUUUUUAACCUUGGAAAAGUAAUAGUGAGAGCAGGAAAGCCAGCAGACGAAAGUUUAGGUGUUAAAAAAGAAGCGGGAAUAGCAAGAGAAAGACAGGAUGCAAUACUUGAUGCUCUGCAUCUUCUGUGGAACGCACAAGAAGAUUUUAAUGUAGAGAAGAGAAAAAAAAACAUUGAAAAGUUCUGCAAGGAUAAUGGCAUUGAAGCACCUUACUUUGAAAAUACGCAGAAGAGCUUUAUGUUUGCCCGAUGGAUGUACAAGAUAAGCGUAAAAAGCCCAUCAUCAAAAGAGAUAAGUAAUAACCAGGAGCUGUUCAAGAAACACUACUUUGUCAUGUCCUACACCCACCCCAUGUGCUAUGUCUACCUGCGAUCCAGGGAUAUAAGCGAAAAAUGUGAUAAUGUUAGCUAUCAGCUCGAAACAAGCCUCAUCUUCCAUGAAAAACAAUUUGCAAGAUACAUUUCAGGGAAUACCGUCAGAAUUAGGCCAAACAGAAUAGAUAAAGCAAGAAAGUAUGUAGAACAGGCAGAGAUCAUGAAAAACUGCAUAAGACUGUGGUACUUAAAGAACAUAGAAAUUGUAACAAGAAAAGAUGAAAUAGAAGAAUACCGCGGCAUAGCUAAAGAUUUCAAAAAACAUUUGGAUAAGUCACAGUAUGUGGAUAGUGCAACAAUAGACCCUAAGAACUCAGAUAAUGGCGCAGACAAUGAAAGCAAUCCUUUGCAGAUGGCUAGAGCAGGCUCGAAGAGAAAUGCCUCAGACUAG